CCCAGAGCUUCUUGGCAGCCUCAGGAAAGUCUUCUAACACUUACUCGCUUCACCAUUUUGUCACCAUCCGGUGUCUCCUUAGAAACAGAAAGAACCCCAAGGCAGAUCGAAUCAACGACUCUAAUAUCCCAUAAUGCUCACGAAUCCCAACUUGACCCAAGCCCUUUACGCGGGAAAUGCAUUAUGGUUCAGCAGUGCUGUCCUCCACUUCGGCUUCCGCCAGGCCUACGUGAUGCGCAGAAUUUCGCUCCGAAAGCAUUCCAAGGACCCGGCGAUCAGGUCCACGCCAGCCGGCGACAAGUACCACCACGAUAUCAUGGCGUACCUAGGCGGGAUGAACUCCCCCCUCGCUCUUCUGGCGUGGCUUAGGCUGUUUGCGCUGCUGCGGCCUUCGAAAUUCUUCUCCGCCAGGUCUAGUGCGGGGGAUGCCGCGCUGGAUAUCACGGCCCUGAUAGUUCUCGGGCUAGGGAACUUGUCCCAGGCAGUCCUAAACUUUACAACCAGCCGCAAGAGUGAUCGGUGGAUAAUGGGCAAGGGAUUAGAUCGAAUCACCGUCUUCGAUGCUGUGUUCACUGUGUUAGACUGGUGCUUUGCUCUAGCCAGGAUGGCUUCUAUCUGAGUGGAUGAUACUAUGCAAGCAUAUCGAGAGAUGGAUUUUAUGAAACGGCGAUGACUUUGCUACCGACCUUACUAUGAGAUUGCUGUCUGAGAGGUUCAGUCGUUCGCCUCGGUGAGCCAGUACGAGCAUGCCGGGCAUAUUACCUACCUGGGUACCUACAGGCAGGUAUGUAUAUGGCGUUAAACAUCGGAUACCAGUGUCAGAAAACGUGGGGGAGAAUAAGAUUUCUCAACCAUCAAUUCCCAUCGUAAUAUAACUUCCUACCGAAAGCUGAAG